CCCCUCCUCUUCCCCCUCCACAUACACACACACACACACACACAGUAGUACUCGUUUAGCCGUUACCUAUAGCCUAGCAACGCUCCUCUACCAGUCUAACGGCUGUAGGAGAGCGGUUUGUAGCCUGCUGUCACUUCGCUCUCAUGUCUCGGUUGUCUCCGGUGCUGUCAGCCGCUGUCAGCCGCACCGUGCCCCGCCACACAGCCAGGUAAACACCGCUGAAACACCAUGAAGACACCGCUGCCUCACACAUACAUGGAGGACAGCUGAAUAACACACAGGAGCUGCGUGGAGGCACCAUGGAUCUCUCAGCGCCUGCUCCAGUGGCAGCCCUCCUCCACUGACCUCACCUCCUCCUCUUCCUCCCCAUCUCUUCCUCCACCUUUCCCUCUCUCUCAUCUACCCCCUCUUCCUCCACGCCCCAUCCCGUACUCCUCCGUGUCCUCUGUGACCACUCCGCCCAUCCUACAUCAUGGCAGGGGAGAAAGGGCCGACUAAGCGAAGCGCCAUGGACAUCAAGCGACUUGCGAGCCUCAUCCAGAGAGGAACGGGCCGCUUGCUGGUGAUUGACAGCAGGACGUUUUCUGAGUACAAUGCGUCGCACGUGCAAGGUGCGGUCAACGUCUGCUGCUCCAAGCUGGUGAAGAGGCGACUGCAGCAGGACAAGGUGUCAGUCACUGAGCUGCUGCAACCGAACGGCAAGGUGAAGGUGGAGCUGGGCAGGAAGCAGGAAGUUGUGGUUUAUGACCAGAGUUCCAAAGAGGCGGGGCACCUGUCCAAAGACGGCUUCGUGCACAUCCUCAUGGGGAAGCUGGAGGGCACCUUCCACAAAGUCUCCCUGCUCACCGGAGGUUUCGCUGCUUUCUCCUCCUGUUUCCCCGGCCUGUGCGAAGGGAAACCUGCCACUGCUCUGCCUAUGAGCUUGUCCCAGCCCUGCUUGCCUGUGGCUAAUGUAGGGCCCACCCGCAUCCUGCCACACCUCUACCUGGGCUCACAGAAGGACGUCCUCAACAAGGAUCUGAUGGCUCAGAACGGUAUCACCUAUGUGCUGAAUGCCAGCAACACCUGCCCCAAGCCAGACUUCAUCAGCGAGAGCCACUUCAUGCGCAUCCCUGUCAAUGACAACUAUUGCGAGAAACUGCUCCCCUGGUUGGAGAAAACUAAUGAAUUCAUAGACAAAGCUAAGGUGUCAAACUGCAGAGUCAUUGUGCACUGCCUGGCUGGGAUCUCGCGUUCAGCAACCAUCGCCAUUGCAUACAUCAUGAAGACAAUGGGCUUGUCAUCAGAUGAUGCCUACAGGUUUGUAAAGGACCGAAGACCGUCCAUAUCCCCCAACUUCAACUUCCUGGGUCAGCUUCUGGAGUUUGAGAAGGAACUGCAUAUCUUGCAAGCUUUGACUUCAACCUCUGAUGACAAGAUCUCAGAAAACAGCACUAAGCAAAGCGAGAUGAACGGCCACCACAGCAACUAUGACUCGUCUGUAGCAGAUCCACACAUCCCGCCAGAACCCAAGCUGCCGUCACCCACCUCCCUCCAGCAAGGCUUCAACGGCCUGCACCUUUCUGCGGAGAGGAUCAUGGACACUAACCGGCUUAAACGCUCCUUCUCCCUGGACAUUAAGUCGGUCUACUCCCCUAACAGUCCCAGCACCUGCCCCAGCCUGGUGCCCACACACUCUGAAGACGUCCCCAAGCUGUUCAAGCUUGACAGCCCGGGAACGGGCACCUCCAACGGUGUCUGCUCCCAGUCUCCCGUCCUAGACAGCCCCAGCUCCGGCGACUCACCGUUCCCCUCACCAGGCAGCGGGGGCAGCAUCGGAGGUUUGGGGCUCAGAGGAAGUGAAGGGGUCCACAGGUCUGGUUCUUCCUCAUCCAGGCCCAGGAGGAAACCCAAGCAUUGCUCCGGCAGCUCCCCAGUCCACUCCCAACCGCACCAACCUCCACAGUCCCUCAGUUUGUCGCUGGACCACAAGAGCCCCAGCCCGGACGAGAACCUAAAGGGCUCCCUGCUCCUGUCGCUACCCUCCCAGCCCACCGUGGGCUCUGGGGCCAUGUGGACCAAACACAGAGACACCGUCCAGGCCACCACUCCCGUCACUCCAGUCACCCCCACCACAGACGCCCCCUGGCACUUUGGGGCAGUGGAGGGCGGCGAGGGAGAGAUGGAGCUGGGAGGAGGACGGGACGGAGGAGGAGAGGAGUCGUCGGUGAGGUUCGGAAGCAGCUCGGCGUACGUGGCGUUUGGCUGCAGCGAAGGCGUGCGGUUACGAGACAAAUCCCAGAGGGAGAAGUCCUCGGCGCCGCAGACACAGAGAGACCACCGGGACUCCACAUCGUCGUCGUCCUCCACAGUGACCCUGUCCAACAGCGCGAACAACAGCGGGCCUGCGUCAGAGAAGCAGUUCAAGCGGCGCAGCUGUCAGAUGGAGUUUGAGGAGGGCAUCUCCGAGACGCGAUCCCGAGAAGAGCUGGGGAAGAUCGGGAAGCAGUCGAGCUUCUCUGGGAGCAUGGAGAUCAUCGAGGUAUCCUGACAGAUAAUGGACAUGAUCAGGGAUGUCCCUUGGGGGCAAAAAUGGACCUGGUUAGAGGGAGUGCAAGAGGACAUAUGACGGGGAGAAGAAGAAGCUUUUUUUUUCGUGCUCCCCUCAAAGACAGUGUUAAAGACUCCAACUGAGAGAAGGACAAAUAGAUACACAAGCUGAGAGUUAAUGUGAAAAGGUUAGCAAGCGAACUAGCAUUCGCACCGGAGAGACAGAGUCUGUGACGUGGUGCUUAGCCAUCCUGAACUCUCAUACAAAUCUGAAUAAAAGUCUGGGGGAGGGUGGGGUACAGGGGGGGACUGUAGGUACUGAAACUCUUCAUUUUUCUGAGCUCUGUCACAGAUUAAAAAGAAACGACCCAGGACAAGUGUCAUGUUGCAUCCUCACUAUAUAGAAUAUCCCUAUUUUGACAGAGUUGGGACACAAAACUCUCGCCUGCGGUCAGAUGUAGUGUGCUUCAGUGGGUGUAUAGCUUGUGAUUUUGAACCAAGCCCCAUGUUUCCUCCCAAAGCUUCGCCACAGUGUCAGAAAGCCUCACAACCUCGCACGGCUACGUCCGCCCCCCCCUCUUCCCAGUGUCUCUGCCUGCUACAGACUCUGCAUAACAACAUCAGACAACAACAACAGACUCCUUAACAGCACCGUCUCCUCACCAUCACCACAGCACAAGGCAGAGGAACCCAAGGACUUGAUCUAACGGCGGUACUGUAUCCGAACAAUGAAGGAUCCUCAGCAGUUUGUUGCUGAAAAAACUUUUGAAGACUCGUAGCAACGGGCAGUGUCCCCCCAAACCCUUAAAGCACAGCGUGUCUUUCCUGACUCCCUUGUUUCCAGUGUUAACAGCGUGAUGGGGACUGAGAUUUCGGGAUGGUGGCGAGGGUUCGCUAUAACGGCCCUUCAGCUCCUUUAUAAACCCCCCCCCACAACCCCUCCCAUUGCUCCCAGUCACCAUCUAUGGUCACCACUGAGCAUGCACCAGAAAGGCUGACUACAGACAGACAAAUACUAUAUAUACAAUAUGAAUAUAUAUAGCAAUUUUAAUGGACUUCUAAUGGACUUUUUUUGUUCAGUUAUAGUUUUAAUUUAUUGUAUUGGUUCAUUCUGGUAAUGAGAAAUAAUAUAAUGUUUUGUGGAUUUAUUUCUUUUUUUCUUUUGUUGAAUUAUUAUUAUUAUUAUUUGCUGUAUGGUAUUUAUGAACACACACUCAAAAAACAAAUACACACAUUCAACAAAUUCAAGCAAGCAAUAUGUGCUGUUCCUUCUUUGGGGAGAGUGAUGUAUGACUUUGAAAUGCACUUUUUUUCUGCUUUCUGAUAACCCGGUUCAGUUAACCCCCUCACACACGUGGCAACGAGAUUUGGAGGAUGAUACAGACAUCCCACUGGAACUGGAUCUCUGUAGUGUAUAUUCAUGGAUUUAUCACAAUCGAGGGCUCAAGCGUUAACUACAUUUUUUGUUUGACAGUGUGCAGCAGAGGAGGACAUACUUUGCUCAUACAUGGUAAAAACAUUUUCCGCCAGUGUCACGAGUUCUCGCAUAACAACAACAAUAUGCAUCAAACGCACGCUCUUUCACAAGUUUGAGAUCUAUAGACUCGCACCAAGUGUCCUCUCCGAGCCAGCACCAACCAGUUUGCCAUCAUCAUCACCAAAGUUGAAACCAACACACACACACACACACACACACGUCGUAUACUGUAUGCACUUACACAUAUUCUCACACAUGUAAAGCAUAGGUGGCCCUACACACCCUUUUGUUCAUUCUCAGGAGAUCUUUCAGUGAGCCAAGCCCGGCACAGGGUACACAGCUGCUGGUACAUCAGCACAAUGCAUGUCCGUAAAGCUCCCUCGCUUUCUCCUUCUCUCUCUCUCUCUCUCUCUCUCUCUCUCUCUUUCUGUCUUUUUUUUGCUCUUAUUUCUUAUUUUCCAAAGCUUUGAUUCAAAACAGCGCAACAAAACAGAAAGGAAAAAAAAGCGGAUCUUCAUAUUCUUGAGGUGAAAGAAAUGAAAACUUUGCUCUCCUGGUGCGAGAUGGUUAUUUAUUUAUAAUGUAAAAUGUGUUUAUUUUUCCUUUGACCCUUGAUUAGCUUUUCUCUCUGGUGAUCUCUGACCUUUGACCUUGGGCUGCUGCAGCUACAGUAAGUUCAGAUAGAGGCUUAAGCAACCUCUCCUCUCCUCACCCUCCUCCCUAUAUUUUUAAGAAAUGUUGUUAGAAUUAUUUAUGACAUGUAACAAAGAUGAUGCAGGCUGUCCCAUUUGCUAAAAUUGUUGUUAUCGAAAUAUUAUUAUUAUUAUUAUUAUUAUUAUUAUUACUAUGUUGUGUAAAUAGCAACUCAUCUAAGAACACUGAUGACUUUAGAUGAGUUUUUAAAAGAAAAUCCUGAUACCUUAGGCUGCUUGACGCAAAAAUACCUCAGGUUCUAUUGAAAGGCUUUUCCUUCCCCUGUACAUGUUUUGUGAAAAUGAGACAAAAAUACAGACAUGACAAAAUACAAA